AUGAAAGCCAGAGAGAUUCUUACAUCACCAAACCUCGACGGAUUAACAAUGAUCGUCGAUAAUCUCUACACACGUAAACAAUCCGAAGAUUACAAAACAGCUCGUACUCUCUACGACUUAUUCGUCUCUAACUUCCCAAAUUGCUUAACCCUAAAGCUUCUCAAGAUCUAUCUUUCUUCUUCCGAUCAAGUCCUCAGACUCCGAUCAAUCGGUCACCUCUCUGAAACUCUCCCCGGUUUAAGAAACCGCAACUUCAAACUCUCUCUUGUCGCUCUCCAUGAAAUCAAACCUCUUUUGAUUUCUUGCUUGACACGGCAGAAUCCAAGAAAGUGUGAUACUAAUUGCUUAAGAGUCAUCGUUUCGUUCGUAGCUGAGAAUGUUAUGAGUUUUUAUAAUGGAAGAUGGGAAGAGCUUAGUGAGUAUAUACUGUUGCUUGUGAAUCAAGAUCCGAUUAGGGCGUUUAGUUACUUCAUCGAAUUGCCAUUGCUUUACGAGGGUUUUAUUAACCGGUUCUUGGAGAAGUUACGUGAGGAAGUGUAUAAGGUUUUGCUUCAUCCUGAGAAAAAUAAAGAAGAAGCUUGGGUUUUGGCUUUGACAUCUGCUGUUAAAAUGGGGAUUGAGGUUUCAGAUUCCGUAAUGAGAAGAGAGAUUCUUCAUAAUGUUAUGAAAUCUGCUUUUGAGGUUAUGUGGUUAGGGAUGGAAAGAGAGUUUGCGAUAAGAGGGCUUCAAUAUCUCGAUAAGUACCUUGCGAAAGAAGCGAAGUUGUGUAAAUGGAGUAGCAAACAAUGCGGUUUUGUUGCAGCGUUUGCAUAUGCGAUCGCAGGAGUUGGAACAAGUACUAAGGAAGAAGCCAAGAAGAUCUUUGUAAUGGUUACAAACAUGGAUAAGUAUGUUCUGAAUCCGGCUUUUAAACUCGAACAUUUUCGUGUUGAUAAUCAAGAUCUUGGAGUAGACUCUGACCGUGAAUUGUACUACAUGUUUAGGCAAUGUACUCCAAUGGAAGUCUUGAGUUUCUUUGCAAUACCUGGUUCUGAUUAUAGGUCUAGAGAGAUAGCAAUCAAAAGACUCUAUGAUUCACUUUGUGAUCAUACUUCAAGCCAGUGGGAAAUAGAUGUUUCAGAGAUUAGAGGUCUUCAGCCAUUGCUCAUUACUUGCCUUAAGGAAGAAGGAUUGCCUGAGAACAUAUACAAGAUUCUUGGUCAGGUGGUGUUCCACGUUGCGCAGGAGACAUUCAACUACGAGAAAGACCCGUGGUUCGAUCUAUGGGACUAUAUUGGUUCAGAAAGCAAAGUGGAGUUCGAGAAAGCGGUUUAUAUCUUCCAGCGUUUAACAAUGUGGCUUGAGUUUAAAGAUAUUGUUGUUCCUGCGAUAACUAAUCUUCUUCCGGAGAUUAACAGAAACCUAACCCCACCAAGAGAGUUGUUGGUAGAUAACAGUAGAUGGGUCUUGGCGUUUACGGGUGCGUACUGUUCAGCUAUUCACUUGCUAGAGGUCAAAAGUCACGCGGGAUACGUAAAGGAGAUUGCAUAUAAGAUGAUUGAUUCAGUGAGAGAGCUUGUGGAAAGAGGAAUGGAAGUUGGACUUGUGACGAGAGCUUUCAGAGAUCUUGAAAGUAUUGUCAAAAAACAAUGGGUCUGGUACAUGACUUGUGAAUACAGAUUCCUUAAGGGUUUGCUUUGGAGGCUCUACGCGAUCAAUGGCAUGAAAAGGGAAAGUAAGUAUGUGUUGUGGAGAAUCAAUGUUGAUAUUGAGAGGUCAGUGGAUGAAAAUCUUAAAGUGCUCCCAAAGAGUGAAUUUGAUUGGCUUAACCAACCUAAGCCUUAG